AUGACUGGCUCAUCCUUCGUCUCGGCCCUCACGGCCGGCCUUGCCCUGGCCUCCUCCGUCGCCGCCCUCCCCGCUGGUGCCCAGCAGGAGAGAGGCUUCACCGUCGAGCAGAUCAAGAACCCCCGCUACGUCCGCUCCGGCCCCCUCGCCCUCGCCAAGGCCUACCGCAAGUACAAGGCCCCUCUCCCCGCCGACCUCGCUGCCGUUGUCGCCAACAUCAGCUCUGCCGGCCUCGUCGAGCGUGCCACUGGCAGUGUCGCUGCCAACCCCCAGGAGUACGAUGUCGAGUACCUGAGCCCCGUCCAGAUCGGCACCCCGGCCCAGACCCUCAACCUCGACUUCGACACCGGCUCCUCCGACCUGUGGGUCUUCUCGACCUCCACCCCGGCCAGCCAGCGCAACGGCCAGACCGUCUACGACCCCUCCAAGUCUUCCACCGCCUCCCGCCUCUCCGGCGCCACCUGCUCCAGCGGUAUCGUCUACAAGGACACCGUCACCGUCGGCGGUCUGACCGUUACCGGCCAGGCCGUCGAGGCUGCCUCCACCGUCUCGGACUCCUUCACCUCCGAGAGCGACCUGGACGGUCUCCUUGGUCUCGGCUUCAGCAACAUUAACACCGUCUCGCCCACCCAGCAGACCACCUUCUUCGACACUGCCAAGUCUAAGUUGGACUCUUUCCUCUUCACUGCUGACCUGAAGCACGGCACGGCCGGCAAGUACAACUUCGGUUACAUUGAUAGCACCGCCUACACUGGUUCCAUCACCUACACCUCCGUCAACUCCGCCAACGGAUGGUGGCAGUUCACCUCCUCCGGCUACCAGGUCGGCUCCGCCAGCUUCGUCUCCAGCUCCGUCACCGGUAUUGCUGACACCGGCACCACCCUUCUCCUCCUUCCCCAGGCCAUCGUCACCGCCUACUACGCCAAGAUCACCGGUGCCAAGUACGACUCUUCCCAGGGUGGUUACACUUUCCCCUGCUCCGCGACCGUCCCCUCCUUCACCUUCGGCGUCGGUACCGCUCGCAUCACCAUCCCCGCCAGCUACAUGAACUACGCUCCCAUCAGCACCUCCACCUGCUUCGGUGGCCUUCAGAGCAACGCCGGCAUCGGCAUCUCCAUCUACGGUGACAUUGCCCUCAAGGCUGCCUUCGUUGUCUUCAACGGCAGCACCAAGCAGCUUGGCUGGGCCGUCAAGACCCUCUAA